GUCUGAGGUUUGAGGGAGGAUUUAUUUAUUUGCUUACCCAUCAUACAAACAUCUAUCAGAAAUCACCAGAACAGUAAUGCUGUUUUUUUAAAUUCAUUGAUUGGGUACGUUCUUAUAACUUGCAGUUACUAACAGUUCAUGAAAUUCCAGUUGAUUUUAUACUAGAGAUUGUGGUCGUCUGCAGUGAUCAGUUAAUGAGCUCUACAAGAUCAAAGAAUUCAGAGCAAAGAAUUAAACCUGGACAAAUCAAAUCAGCAACAUGACUGAUGAGAAUACAACAUACUACUAUGACCCAUACUAUGAAGACCAGCUGUGUCGUAAAGAGGUGGGGGUGAAAGACGCAUCCGUUCCACUCCUUUUCACAGCAGUGGUUGUGUGGAGCUGCAUCGGUAACAUCCUCGUUCUGGUCAUCCUUGCACUCUACAAAAGCCUUAGAUGCCUGACCAACGUCUUCAUCCUCAAUUUAUCUGUGUCAGAUCUGCUGUUCACUUCUGGACUGCCAUUUUGGGCCACAUAUUACACCUCUGGUUGGGUAUUUGGAGAGGUUGGCUGUAAAGCCGUUAAGUUUCUCUUCUAUGUCGGCUUUUACAGCAGCGUGUUGUUCUUGACUCUGAUGACCGUUCAGUGUUACAUGGAGGUGGUUCAUCCUCUGUCCGACUGGGAGAGAUGCAGAUGCCUUUCAGUCUCUCCUUUCAUCGUUUGGAUCCUGAGUGGAACGGUUGCACUGCUCGGUUCACUUCAUAGCAAAGUCAUGACAGAAUCUGGCAGCCUAUACUGUGAAUAUGGCAGUGUUGAAUGGAAAUCUAGCAUUGCUUAUUUUCAAAAUGCUUUUUUUAUCAUUGCAUUUGUAAUCAUGGGUUACUGCUAUGCCAGAAUGCUUCUCACUAUUAUAAAAUCACAGACUAAUACGAGACACAAGACUGUUAGACUAACCUUUUUUAUCGUGCUGGUGUUUUUUAUCGGUUGGGCUCCAUAUAACAUUGUCAUGUUCUUAAAAUCUUUUACCACAGAGCCGUUCACAAACUGUGAAGUAAAAAAAAGGCUGGACUAUGCUGAAUAUUAUGCAUGCCGAAUUUUAGCUGUUACACGCUGUUACAUAAACACUAUUGUGUUUUUAGUUUUUGUAGAUGCAAGGUUCCAUAAUAGUUUACGAGCAAUUCCAAGAAGGUUUCAUGAAAAGAUUUAAGUCUACGAAUAAUGAAAAAUGUCUCAGAACUAUUAAUUAUUUUGAUUUGUUCUACUUGGUAAGAUAAGAGAGACUUGAGAUAAAAAAUAAAUAAAUAAAUAAAUUUGAUUCCUUAAAGGAAUAACCUCGUUCACAUAAUGAUGCACAAUGAAAAUGGAAGAUGACACACAGGGUAAAUCAUGUAUGUCUAAAUAAACAGUUUUAUAUUGAUGCUUACUGUCAGGUUCAAAUACAUUUCUUGUCAAAACUGCGUCCCUCCAUUAUUCUCUGACAGCCAUCAGAGAGAGUGGCUGCCCACUGCUUCAGGUAUGUGUGCACUUGGAUUAAAUGCAGAGCACAAAUUCCGAGUAUGGGUCACCAUACUUGGCCACACUUCAUGUCCUUUCCUUUCCUUUCCUUCCUUUUUGUGGUUGAAGUUGUCUUUUUUUUUUUUUUUUUUUGUAAGUAUAAAUAUAACUGAGACUACAUAAUAGAAGAACCAAACUAACAAAUGUGUCGCCAUUAAUGCAGAAAAUAUUUCCACAUGAAAUUAAAUGAUAUCUAUUUUCCUUCUUCCAUGUAUUACGACCUUCAUGUUUAUGUCACUGCUUGUACGGUUUAUUUAAUGGAUAAUGCAGAGUAAAAUAUACUGCAUGAGCAUAAAGUAUGAGUCCAGUUUAUGAAUCAUCUGCCAUUUCGCACUCUUAAAAAUAAAGCUUUAUUGGCAUCUAUGGUUCUAUGAAGAACCUUUAAAAGGGACACAGUGCGCCUCUUACAUUCAAGUAAAAGCAAUUAUGUUUAUGGAGGCCAAAAGUAGCUAUUGUGAACGAACAGUAAGCACUUUACAGUGUUAUUAAAAGAAAAAAGUCGGGGAGGAAAAGUUAUUAGAUAACUUUGAUGUUUUUGUGUCACUGGGUGUAACGUGUCUGCCUGUCCUAGUCCCCGUUUUCCUUAUUUGGUUUAGUUCCUGUCCUCAUUAAUUAUC